CGGGGACCAAUUGCGGCGCUGCAGCAGACGGAGGAGGGUUUGUGGUUUGCGCACUUCACCUGCGCGUCAUCAGAGCAGCUUCACCCACCGCGCAUCUCGGACGCAAAAGCUCUUCAGGCUUGUCUCAUUACAUUGCAUAAUAUCGACGAGCCAUCAUGCGUGAGUGUAUUUCCAUCCACGUUGGUCAGGCUGGUGUCCAGAUUGGUAAUGCCUGCUGGGAGCUUUACUGCUUGGAACACGGGAUCCAGCCCGAUGGACAGAUGCCCAGUGACAAGGCCAUCGGCGGAGGGGAUGAUUCCUUCAACACCUUCUUCAGCGAGACUGGAGCUGGAAAACACGUCCCCAGAGCCGUGUUUGUGGACCUGGAGCCAACCGUCAUUGAUGAGGUGCGCACUGGGACCUACCGCCAGCUGUUCCACCCUGAGCAGCUGAUCACGGGAAAGGAGGAUGCAGCCAACAACUACGCCCGUGGGCACUACACCAUCGGCAAGGAGAUCAUCGAUCUGGUUCUGGACAGGAUUCGCAAGCUGGUGGGUAAAUUCAGAACACGUGAAGGACAGAAUAGCAAGCUCAUUCCUAAAAUUGUCUCACUCGUGGUUGCUGUUUCUCCCGUCUGUCCUCAGGCUGACCAGUGCACUGGUCUUCAGGGCUUCCUGGUCUUCCACAGCUUCGGUGGCGGCACCGGCUCUGGUUUCACCUCCCUGCUGAUGGAGCGUCUGUCUGUGGACUAUGGCAAGAAGUCCAAGCUGGAGUUCUCCAUCUACCCAGCUCCCCAGGUGUCCACUGCUGUGGUGGAGCCCUACAACUCCAUCCUGACCACCCACACCACCCUGGAGCACUCCGACUGUGCCUUCAUGGUGGAUAAUGAGGCCAUCUAUGAUAUCUGUCGUCGGAACCUCGAUAUCGAGCGUCCCACGUACACCAACCUGAACAGGCUGAUCAGUCAGAUAGUUUCCUCAAUCACUGCUUCCCUUCGUUUCGACGGCGCCCUCAAUGUUGAUCUGACAGAGUUCCAGACCAACUUGGUGCCGUAUCCCCGUAUCCACUUCCCCCUGGCCACCUAUGCCCCUGUCAUCUCUGCUGAGAAGGCCUACCAUGAGCAGCUCUCAGUGGCUGAGAUCACAAACGCCUGCUUCGAGCCAGCCAAUCAGAUGGUGAAGUGUGACCCUCGCCACGGCAAGUACAUGGCCUGUUGCCUCUUGUACCGUGGUGAUGUGGUGCCCAAAGAUGUCAAUGCUGCCAUUGCCACCAUCAAAACCAAGCGCUCCAUCCAGUUUGUGGACUGGUGCCCCACUGGUUUCAAGGUUGGCAUCAACUACCAGCCGCCCACUGUAGUUCCUGGUGGAGACCUGGCCAAGGUCCAGAGGGCUGUGUGCAUGCUGAGCAACACCACUGCUAUUGCAGAGGCCUGGGCUCGACUCGAUCACAAGUUUGAUCUGAUGUACGCUAAGCGUGCCUUUGUUCACUGGUAUGUAGGUGAGGGUAUGGAGGAGGGAGAAUUCUCUGAGGCCAGAGAGGAUAUGGCAGCUUUAGAGAAGGAUUAUGAAGAGGUUGGAGUCGACUCCAUUGAGGGGGAAGGAGAGGAGGAAGGAGAGGAGUAUUAAGAGAUAUGAAGGAGGGAGUUAGUCAGGAAACUCCAGUGUGUCCCUAAAUACAUUCCAAACAAAUGUUUGUGUUCAGAGUAAAAAAUGAUGAAAAUACCAGUAUGGCUCUGUCUUAAAUAAAGUUCCUGCAAAGUGAA